AUGCCCUGUUAUCCAUGCUAUGAAAGUCACGCUCUCAGGUCCAGGAGGGAGCAGGAGCUCGACUGUGCCACCCUGCCCCGCAGCAGCAGCGAUGCCGCGGCCGUGCGCAGGAGGACCAAGCUCCCCACCAUCACCAGGACAGAAGUAGAAACUCACAGGUUCUCUAUCAAUGGCCACUUCUACAACCACGAGAUAGAAAACAACCCCCAUGAAUUUGCACUUUACGUUAUCCAUGCAUCUGGAGAAAAGAAGCAGCUGAGGAGUAGAGAUGUUCCCUUGCUGCACAGGCUGCUGCAGGGGCCCUCUGAGAAGAUUGCCAAGUUCUUUCUCAUGGAUAGGGACGUGGAAGAGAUCAGCAGUGAUGUGGCUCAGUACAUUUCAUUCCAUCUUCCCUUCUUGGAAUCCAUUCUGCACAGAAUAAAUGAAGAGGAGAAGCAGGAGAUUCAACAGACAACUGCAAGGUACACACGAGAGAAGAGGCUGAUCCAGCAGCACCUGCGCAGUCGGAGCGUUCAGAAAACAGAGACCACGGUGUGAGGGGACGGC